CCACCCCUACCACCCUCACCACCCAUACCUCCCCUACCACCCUCACCACCCCUACCAUCACUGCUACCACCUCUUCUGGGAUCCUAUCCUCAUCCUCUACCACAGAGAAGUAUGGCCCCACCCUUACUGUGGAGUGCAAGAUAAACAAUUACACCGGAAUGAAACUCCAUGUUUCUGCAACCAUGGUAACACUACAACAUGGCUAUGAACGAUAUAUCAUUGAGCAUCUUAGAGCCGGAAGCUGACCUGCAGGUGGACUUACCUGCUGACCUCUUCUCAAGGCUGGACCCAACACUGGCCAACAACACUGUGACCUUCAGUUUCACUGUGAACAACACUCCACCUGCCAGUCAGACUACAGAGGGACAUCUCUACAACAUCACCUUUGGUGUUGAGGUUGUGAACAUUACCAUGUCUAACCUGUCCACACCAUUCAACAUGAGCUUCAAACAGACCUAUGGCAAAACGGGGAAUGCAACAUGUGCUUACCUGAACCAGACAGGGAGCUGGGUUCCUGAUGGCUGCCACACCCUGACCCUCCCAGAACACGUGGUCUGUAGCUGUAACCACUUCUCCCUUUUCACCCUCAUGAUCCCUGGUCUUGUCCCGAGUAAAGAGCACGCUCAGAUCCUCAGAACGCUCAGCAUAGUGGGAGGAGCCAUCUCUGCCUUCUUCUGUGCCCUUACAUUACUGACACACUGUCUGCAGCAUGCGAGCCAGGCGACUGACAAAGGCAUAGUGAUCCACCUCCAGCUGGUGGGCUCUCUGCUGCUGCUCAACCUGCUGCUGCUGGCCAGCAUGUCCCUUGCCUGGGAGGACUCACUGCUGUGCAAAGUACUGGGUGGCCUGCUGCACUACGCCCUGCUCACCUGCUUCUCCUGGAUGGGCCUGGAGGCCCUGCACCUGUACCGCCUCCUGGUGCAGGUCUACAACAUCUACACCAAGCACUACCUGCUGAAGAUCAGCCUGCUGGGCUGGGGGCUGUCAGGAGUGGUGGUGACAGUUGUAGGAGGGGUCUGGACCCCAUAUGGCCUGAAAGACGGCAUGUGCUGGAUGACAGCUGAUGUGGUUCUGUACUGCUCAGUCCUGGCCUAUCUCAUAGUGGUCUUACUUUUCAACGGAGGAAUGUUCAUCUUCAUCAUGACUACCAUGUGUAGGAUUCGAUCUGGGAUAUCCCCCCUGAAGAACACGAGGAACAACAGGGCCUUCUGCAGCGUCCUUGGCCUCACCUGCAUCCUGGGCCUCACCUGGGGCCUGGGCUUCUUCUCCAUUGGCUACACCAACUAUGUCAUCCUCUAUACCUUCACCAUCCUCAACUCACUGCAAGGCUUCUUUCUGUUUCUGUGGAUUUGCAUCAAAAGACGGAGAGAGGGAAAGGAGCACAGAAAAUCUGUUAUAACAAGCCAGGGAACGCUCACAACAUCAAAGCCUCAAUGAAAUAACUGAGGCCUCCUACAGGUUGUGUUGAAAACUACAAUUUAGAGCACAAUUAAAGGUACAAGAGGUAAGACUUUUUUUUUUAAGUGUCACUUUAACAUGUUUAAGCCAGUUAGGCGCUCUGAGAGUUCUUUAGCCACUUAUGGAAUUUCUCAUUUUAGAAAUGGCUGGAACAAGAUAGCUUGAACAUAAUUGGCUGUAAAAUUUGGGGCGCUCCAAAUA